UUAAGUUAAGCUAUUAGAAAGGAAGGAGAGAGCAGAAGAGCCAAGGGCAGUUUCAGGAACCCCGAGAUGGCAACCUGCGUCAUGUCUUCCUUGGCCCUGAAGCCUUCUCCAUUCCUUGAGAGGUCACAGGCUAAGGGCCUCCCCUCCUUGGCCAGAAACCCUUCUUCUCUCAAGGUUCAGGCUAGUGGUGGCAAGAAGAUCAAGACUGCCACACCCUAUGGGACUGGAGGAGGUAUGGAUCUGAGAAAUGGCGUCGAUGCAUCUGGAAGGAAGCCUAAGGGGAAGGGUGUCUAUCAGUUUGUGGACAAAUAUGGUGCAAAUGUCGAUGGCUACAGCCCAAUUUACGCACCUGAAGAGUGGUCCCCAGGUGGAGACGUCUAUGUUGGAGGAACCACAGGGCUUUUGAUAUGGGCUGUAACCCUGGCUGGACUUCUACUGGGUGGUGCUCUUCUUGUGUACAACACAAGUGCUCUGGCUCCGUAGAAUGUUAUCACAAUGAUAAUGUAAUCUAGCCUACUAUUUCUCUCAGAGAGAACUUGUUGUUGAUACUCUCCUAUAUCAUUGUUUUGCUAUAAUGCAAACUAAUAUUUCCUUAGUCAAUAA